AUGCGCUCGGCCACUGUCCUCCUUUCUUUUGCCUCCACCACUGCCAUCGCCCAAGAGAUCAGUUCCGCCAAUGGUCCUAGCAUAAUCGCCAGCCCAAAUGCAAUCUCGGGCCCUAAUGUCAACUUUGGCUGGCAGUCAGGUGGAUCACUCUUCGCUGAGGGAUCCAGGCCCGGACAGAGCAGUAAUGGCUUCAAUAGCAUUAUUGGGUCGUCGAUCUCGAACAUAAAGACUAGCGAUGUGUCUAGAGGAAAUACAAUCAACAAUCCGUCACAGUCGCAUAUCAAAGGUGGCGAUGGAUGGGCGGCCAGCGGCGAGACUAACCAGCUCGGCCCAGUGCAUAGCACAUCCAGUGCUGGUGGGUUCAUUCACUGCAGCAAUGAUGUUGUUCUUAGCAAUAAUGGCGGUAAGGCAGCUCCCGAUAUUUCUCGGUUUGUUCCGCCCGGAUUUGUCUCCGGCAGGUUCGCUACCCCGGUCGGGGGCUCUGCCUUUGUUCCUCCUAGAGCUGUCAACAACGGCAUAAUAAAUGGGACCCACAGGCGCAGCAGCGAUGUUUUGUUUGCGAAUGGCCAGCGUCAGGCCAGCGCUGUUGCCGGCAGUGGUUAUGGCGGAUUCGCUGGCCCCCAGUUUGCCCUGGCCACUAUCCACCCGAUGGUAGCAGAGCAGAGCGGGCAAAAAAACCAUUGUCAUCCAGAACCAGGCAUAGCACAGCGGUGGGGAGCAAGGUGCUGA